CGUGACUAGUAAACUUGAUGACCAUGGGUACAUAGGUCUAUAGAAUGGCAGUCAUGGCAGUAGUCGACAUGCAGGCGUCCUUGCUACAAGCAGUGCGAUCCAUCGUCCCUCCUCUCAGCCAUGCCUCACACAAGGGACAGGCAGGCAGGAUUGGAGUCAUAGGAGGAUCACUAGAGUACACAGGAGCCCCGUACUUUGCUGCAAUCACUGCUAUGAGAGCUGGUGCUGACCUGAGUCAUGUGUUCUGUCCAGAGGAGGCUGCCCCUGUCAUCAAGUCAUACAGCCCAGAGCUAAUAGUGCAUCCACUUUUGAAUGCUAGCGGAGAUAUGAGCAGUGUAUUGGAGGGUGUGUCCCAGUGGUUACCACGGCUCAAUGCACUGGUAGUGGGUCCAGGACUGGGUAGAGAGGCCUCUCAGAUGACCAACGUCAAGCACUUGUUGCAGAGGGCGAGAGAAAGACAGAUGGAUAUGGUCAUAGAUGCUGAUGGCCUGUACCUAGUGACCCAGUCCCCCGAGUGUGUGACUGACUACUCUAGAGUCAUCCUCUCUCCCAACGCUAUCGAGUUCCAACGCCUUUAUCACAAAAUGUUUGGACAUAAUCCUGAGCCUAGUGGGGACAUGCAGGAGCAAACUAGAGCCCUGGCCGAGACGCUGGGUAACCUCACCAUACUCAGGAAGGGAGCGACCGACAUCAUCAGCAAUGGCCAACAAGUGAUCGAGUGCACAGAGGUGGGUUGUCCUCGUCGGUGCGGUGGUCAAGGAGACCUACUCUCUGGACUCACUGCACUGCUCUACUUCUGGGCCAGACAGGCACAAGACAGGUUGUCCUCAGAUACUUCUCUACCGCCUUCAAUGGUGGCCUGCUUUGGAGCGAGCUUCCUGAUUAAGAAAUGUGCUGAACAAGCAUUUAACAAACACCACCGCUCAAUGCUAGCCGGAGAUAUGGUCACUGAAAUACCGACAGCGUUUCAGAAAUAUCUAGAAUUAACGGAACAAUGACUGAACUUUUUUUACACAAUCAUCUUUGCACAAUAAUUAUUGAUCAUUAUUAUAAUGCACUCAUGACUGUUCAGUGCUAUCUGUUUUGCAUGAUAUUAUAUAUCUGUGAGACCUAGUCUUGUGAUGUGCUAUGUCCAAUAUAUCUGUGAGACCUAG